CAGUUAUUUAGUGCCGCACUGGUGCAAUGAUAGGGAGAAAAAAGCAGCGGUCUUCCAAAAUGCAUUACUUUCCCCCUGGAGCUUCGCAUCAUGUUUUGUAGGAAUAACUCGUGUAGUGUUAGUAAUAAUACUGAUACUUCUCUAAUACUUAAAACACACAAAGAUGAAGGGUUACCCAGAUUAUGUUGUUGACUGUGCUGUGCGCUUCCUGAGUAAUUGUGUUGACCGAUUGUUACAUGAAAGCAACAAAAGGUAAACGUCAAGAAUGUUUGAUUGUUGAAAUCUUUCUGAACGGCUAUGGAAGGAAGAGAGUUUCUUCUCGUCAGUGGAUUUAUUGAUCUACGUUCACUGUAAAUUUUGUCCUCUUUGAUCGCUCGGCUUUGCACAGCAACCCUUACGGAAGCUAACAGUUCAUGUUUUGACAGCUCAACCUGUGUGUCUGCUAGCUAGCUGCCUACCUAACACUAACUACUUAUCGUUAGCUAACACUGACAGCACUAGCUGUGGGAGACUGCUCACUUUAUUGAUCAAGGACUUGGGAAAAGACAGUUUCUUCGUGGCAGCUGGCUUAAAGUAAGCUUACGUCAUGCAUGCAGCCAGCCUUCUAGCCUGCGCUUUGUUCAUCCCCAGCGCUUGAGAUAAUGUUCUACCCGUAGGUGGAGGGUUUUCCUCCUACUCCGUUUCUCCCCACUGCCCCCAUCAGUCCCAGAGUUCCCUAUGUUAACCCUGUUGAGCAUGUUUUACUAUAUCUGUCUGCGGCGGCGCUCCAGGAGUGGAACUCGAGGCGAGGCUCUGACCAGUCGACGGGCUGUGGAAUCUGGCCAGAGAGCGGUACUGCCAGUCAGUGUGGAGGUGGAGCAGUACGCCAAAGAGGUUUUGGACUUCAGCUCCCACUAUGGCAGUGAGAAUAGCAUGUCUUACACCAUGUGGAACCUGGCAGGGGUGCCUAACGUCUACCCCAGCUCAGGGGACUUCACCCAGACAGCUGUAUUCAGAACUUAUGGGACAUGGUGGGAACAGUGUGCCAGUGCUCCGCUGCCUUUUCGUCGCACUCCGAAAGGCUUCUACAGUAAGGAUUACAUUGAGCUAGGCUUUGAGGAGCCCGUCUACCCGACAGCAGUGGAGGUGUUUGAGACCUAUUACCCUGGAGCCAUCGUCCAGAUCCUGGCCUGCUCUCAUAAUCCUUUCACCCAGAACCCGCCUACUGAUGUCAGGUGGGAGGUGUUGUGGUCUGGCGAGCCCACCAAGGUGCUGACUCCACAGGCUCGCCAGUUUUCCCCUAAAAUAAAGCAUAUCGGCUUCCCAACCAACCUGUUGCGUCUAGAGGUGAACAGCUCUUUGCUGGACUAUUACACCGAACUGGAUGCUGUUAUCCUGCGUGGGGUAAAAGAGAGGCCCAUGCUGGCUCUCUAUAAAAUGCCCAUCAUUGACAUCAGUGACCUGAGCGACAGCGAAGAGGAGCUGUCUGAUGUGGGAGGUCCUUUCAGGCAAGGAGAUGGCAAGCACCAGAGGACAGGAAAUGGCUACUUUGACAAACUGCCAUAUGAGCUCAUCCAGCUGAUACUGAGCCACCUGACCCUGCCAGACCUCUGCCGUCUGGCCCAGAGCUGUAAGCUGCUGCACCAGCACUGCUGUGACCCGCUACAGUACACCCAGCUGAGUCUGCAGCCUUACUGGGCCCGGCUGAGUGACGCCUCCCUGGGACACCUGCAGAGCCGCUGCACCCUCCUCCAGAGGCUCAACCUGUCCUGGACCGGCAACCGUGGAGCCCUUACCCUGACGGGCUUCAGCAGUUUCAUGAAGGCCUGUGGUCUCAGCCUGGUCUGCCUGGAAAUGUCAUGCUGCCACUUCCUGAACGAAGCCUGUCUCGAGGUCAUCUCCCAGACUUGUCCUGGACUCCAGGAGCUCAACCUGUCCUCCUGUGAUCGUCUCCACCCACAGGCCUUCACGCACAUCUCAAAACUUACACGCCUCCGCAGGCUGGUGCUUUACCGAACAAAGAUAGAGCAAACAGCCAUCUUAAGCAUUGUGACUUUCUGCAUAGAGCUAAGACACCUCAACCUGGGGAGCUGUGUGAGGAUCGAAGACUAUGAUGUUGUAGCCAGUAUGCUGGCCACUCGCUGUCGCUCGCUGUGCUCUCUGGACCUGUGGCGUUGCAGAAACCUGACCGAUCGAGGCCUGACUGAGCUCGUCUCAGGGUGCAGGAUGCUGGAGGAACUGGACCUGGGCUGGUGUCCCACGCUGCAGAGCAGUACGGGAUGUUUCCAGCACCUCGCCCGCAGCCUUCCACGUCUGCGCAAGCUCUUCCUCACUGCCAAUCGCACUGUCUGCGACUCAGACAUAGAGGAGCUGGCAGCCAGCUGCCCCUGUCUGAGGCAUCUCGACAUUCUGGGUACACGGUCAGUGAGCGCCGCCUCACUGAAGAAACUCCUCCAGUCGUGUCCUCAGCUUGUCCUCCUGGACGUCUCCUUCUGCUCACAGAUAGACAUGCGCGUCGUCCAGGAGCUCUCUGGCCUCUUCCCCAAUGUGGCCAUCAAGAAAAGCUUCACUCAGUGACCCCAGCAUCGGCUCAUUUCCCACUACUGAGAUGUAGCAAGUGGAGGGAGGUACUGGUCAGCACAUACUGCCCCAGAGUGAUUCAGAGGCAGGUCAGAUGCAGGAGGAGAUUGCAGACCUGCCUCUGCUUGUAUCACGGACAAGAUCUUCUUUUAGCGGUCAGUAUAUAAAGCGGUGGGACUGGGCGAAGAGGAUUUUACUGGCUUUAGUGAACCUAAAUGACUGCAGAUUUGUAGGAGCAGGAUUAUACAACAUAAGACACUUGUAUUUUUGGGUGGGGGUUUUGUUUGUUUGUUUUUUAAAUCAGGGUUGUUGCAGUGAAGCUGCCACAUGUUCCCACAAUAUGAAUCAGCACUUACAGUAUGUAUUGCCAGAUAACACACGGCAAGGAAAUAUGCCUUACCACUAGAAAUCACACAUGAACAAAGCAACAUUUUUGAGAAAACUUCUUUUAAGCAUCUUUUUAGGAAAACAAAUGGAACACAAAGCGCUCAUACCUAUUACUGGACUUCACAUAAUAAUAUUAGCUACAGAUCAGGGCCUUGGUCAGUGCCUUGUUUGAUUGUGGAAUAUGAACGGGCUGGUUUAUAUAUGAAGGUCUUUCUGGUGGUGUUUAUCAGCAUUCACUCACUUUCAUUGAAUCAUAGUGGAUGGUGUUGCGUUCAAAGGGGCUUUAAAGGUGAAAACAGCUGCACUGGAUGCAAUGCACUGUGGUUAGUGUUAUUCUUUUUUUUUUUUUUACUUUAAUGAGACUAUCACAAGUUAAUAUGUGUUGCUACAAACUGCAGGAUCAUAUACAAGGAUCUCAUCAUUAAAUGUCCAUGCACUAGAGAUUUAGCGAUGGUGUGUUUUCAUCAAUGGGAAAAAAAUAAUUGUUUUUAUUUCCACAUGCUCUAAAAUUGCAGGAGUACAGAAAACACCUAAAGGCAUCAAAUCAAAAGAUACGCACACUGACUCAUUUGAAAUAAAAGCACAGAGAAGUAAUGAAGAUGCUAUUUAAGAUGACAUGAAACAAAUCUAAAAUCUUUUCCUCUCCAACUCUCAGUUAGGCACUUUUGGUCCAGCAGUUAACAUUUUCAGUAGGAUAAUAUGAAAGAAUUUCCAACUGUAUUACCUGGGCAGCUGUUAAUGUGUCACCACAUAUCAGACACUUCAGGUGAAUGUAAUAAUAUUCUAUAUUAAAUCCAAGUGUUAACAAGUAAGAAAUACAGGGGUAGUUAUUAACUAAAUUUAUGCUAUAUGCAUGUGUGGAACUGGAGGGCUUUGUUGGAUUGCUGUGUAGAUACAGUACAUCAGACAAUUCAGUGGACUAAAUGAAAUAGAAAGUUAAUGGUAAUCGGGGUGCUUGAUAAUUGGUUUUACUUGGACCUUAUAGGUUGUGUACACAUUUCAGUGUAAGCAAAUUGGGGCCUUUAGGCUAAAUGUUUGUUUCCUCAAGUUUAAAAGUCACUGGCUCCUCCACCAAGGUGAGAGCUCAGGCAGAGGAGUGUUUUCAGUGCUGUUUUUCUGUCAGCAAGUUUACACAAGCUGAGCUUCAUGAAACUUGGAGAGCUGGGCUCAGGCAUUAAAAUUAGCUGCAAAUGCAGAACACCUUCUUUGAAAGUGCAAGAUAGGCCCUCUGCAGUGUCAUAAUGUUAGUGCUGUUUCUGUUGUCGUUCCUGUUGAGCUCUGUCACUGCUGUCUGACUACAGCCGACUACAUAACCCACUCCGAUCAAAUUCCACCGCUGAGGAGGAGUGCUGUAAAUUAAGCCGAGGACGUAAUGUUAACGAGUGUAAGUUCUAUAUGUGACCUCAGUAUUUGUCCUCAAACUCAGGGGCUAUAUAUAAUCUCAUUUUCAUUCAAUGUCACUUUUUUAAAAACAUGUUUUACUCCAGAAACCAGCACAAAGGACAUCUUUACAGAAAGUAACACCAGACUUGAGUUAGCUUUAAGGUUACCGGGCUUUGGUGUUGCUCACAACAAACACACGUGACACAAAUCGUCAGUUAGCGCUGGUGUAACAGAGAUAUUAGUCUUAUUGAGUGUUGAAUGUUGCAGUAAUUGUAUGAAAAAUGUACUGCUGCUGAUUAUUUAUUUUUUGUAAUAUAUGAAGCCAAGGCUGCAGUGUGGGAGACGUGCUUGAAGAGCAUUUUUAUGUUUGAAACAAACUUGAAUUUUUAGUUGAAGCACAUGCUACUAGUCAAUAUUUGUGCCUUAUGCUCCUGUUUGAAUGUUGUGUCCAAGUGGUUUAGAUUGUGGUGAAGUGCUUCGCUUUUUUUUUUUUUUUUUAAUGCCCUUCAACCAAAGUAAUAACACAUUAACCUGGUCGUCAUCAGUCUCACACCUAUAUUUGACCAGUUUAUAUGCCAUAUACUUUAUAUCAGCCAUGUUAAUUAUUGCAAAGUGUAGAGCUAUAUAUGCAAAAAAUGGUUUAUUUAUAUUUCCCUGUGCAAUUAAAGUGUUAUUUAUACUCAUUAUUGAUUGAUGUUUAAAUGGUAAUAUACAAUUUGGGAAACUGUUUCUUGUUUUUUUGGGGGGGUAUUUUGCGUAGCUUAGCACUAAGAUUGAAAGUAUGCCUUUACCUAGCCUAACAUGAAGUGGAAAUGUUUUAGCCUGGCUCAGCAUAAAGACUGAAAACAUGCCUUUAGCCUGACUUAGCAGUAAGAAUGUCCGCUAAACCUCCAGUCACGCGGGCCUACAGACCAAUCAGCAACCUGUCCCCGGUAACCCAAAAUAUUCCAGGAACUUAAAAAAGACUGAAAUUCAGAUUUGAAUGCACAUAUUUUCCCAUCAGCCAGUUGCUUAAGCUUUAAGAAAUAAAUAUGGCAGCAACAUUUCCGUUCUGCAGCUACAGUCAUUACCUUUCUAAACACCUUAAAAAUGACUUCCUACACUGUUCCUGCUUCCAGUCUCUGUGCUGAGCUAGGCUAAAACCAGAGCAGUCCCGGCUGCGCAGAAGUCAAACACAUAUCGAUCUUCCAGUCUUGUUAUUGGUGUGGGUAUGGUUAAAUUGCUGCAUAAGGCUGAGAAAUUAAUACUUGGGUUAUUUCCAGUUUUGUUUUAAACAGGUGUGGUAACAGUAGCACACCAGCCCUUUCACUAAUGCAUCAGUUUUGCCCAGCCCACCCAAAUUUUUAAUACAUUUUGAUGUUUUUUUUUCUUUUUUGAAUUAAUCCUUUUUUUAUCCAGGUAAACAUCUCAUUUCGAAGAGAGACCUGGUAUCAUGUAAUUAUGUAAUUAUGUCAGUAAUGACUACUGCACCACAGUGAAAACACUGUCAGCGUUAUACUUUGUACAGCAACUAUCUGCAACAGCAUUAAUUUGCAAAGGCAAAACUAUUUAAAAAGUGAGCACCACUCUCAGAUCAUCACUGUUUGACCAGUGAUGCAGUUUGGUGUGUUUUUCUGAGGUGGCCCUAUGCUUUUUUUUUUUUUUUUUCUUCCUCUAAUGAAUAUGCAGUCUCUCUUCUCCCACUCUGGAUAUGUGAUCAACCUUUGUGCCAUGAACUGGGAGGACCUGCAGUGGCGCUCCCUCCGCUGCAGCGUGAAAGCCACUGUUGUGUAAAGAGAUUGUGUGCCUCUGUCGCGAUGAAAUGCGGUGCUUCACUUUCACCAGGUUUUAAAUAAACUGAAAGCUGAUGACUGA